AUGACUUAUUUUCAUGUGACUCAUCCCUCUGUUUUUCUGCUGAUUGGCAUUCCAGGUUUGGAAGCUAUGCAUGGAUGGAUCUCCAUCCCCUUCUCCUCUAUGUAUGCUCUGGCUCUCGCAGGUAAUUGCCUAAUCCUACUAGCUGUGAAAAGAACUCCCAGUCUGCAUCAACCCAUGUAUUACUUCCUGUCCAUGUUGUCUCUCACUGACUUGGGACUCACUUUGUGCACACUUCCCACCACCCUGGCUGUGCUAUGGUUUGACUAUCAACGCAUAGCCUUUGAUGCUUGCUUGACCCAGAUGUUUUUCCUCCAUUCUUUCUCUGUUGUGGAAUCUUCAGUGCUGCUAGCCAUGUCUUUUGACCGUUUUGUGGCCAUCUCCAACCCACUGCGCUAUGCAUCUGUCCUUACCAACAGUGCCAUUGGCAGGAUUGGAAUGGCUAUUGUGACUCGUGCUACUGUUUCUCUCUUCCCUGUGCCUUUCCUGCUGAAGAGGCUGAACUUCUGCCCCGGGAAAGUCUAUCUUUCCCACUCAUUUUGUUUUCAUGCAGACAUGAUGAAGAGGGCCUGUGCUGACAUCACUGUCAACAUAUUAUAUGGGCUCUAUGUAGUACUGUCCACAGCAUUUGUGGAUUCCUUUCUAAUUGCCAUCUCCUAUGGACUCAUUCUUCACACAGUAAUGGGAUUAGCAUCUCCUCAAGAACGGAUCCGGGCUCUCAACACUUGUGUCUCCCAUAUUCUAGCUGUUCUAGUCUUUUAUAUCCCUGGUGUGGGAGUAUCCAUUAUUCAUCGCUUUGGUAGACAUGCACCCCCCAUUGUGCAUGCCAUUAUUGCCUAUGUCUAUUUGAUUGUGCCCCCUGUGCUCAAUCCUAUCAUCUACAGUGUCAAAUCCAAGCACAUUCGAGAGGCAUUGAUCAAGAUGUUAAAGAAGAAGGAUCAGGGUUGAUUUUCAUUGAGAAUAGUCAUAACAUUCCAGGAACCUACUGUUGGGAGAGAAGGAUAUGAAGAGUCACCACCAUGUAUACAGUAACUCUUUCAUAUAACCUUCAAGAGCCUUGAAGAGAGGACAAGGGAAGGAGAGAGGGGGUCACAAAUCUGAGAGCUGAGUCAUAGUACCUAUCCUGAAGGAAUGUCCCCAUCCAGUUGGUUGGAACAGAUGAUCAUUCAGUCUUUUCUAACUCUAAAUCUAUGAUGCUAUAAUCCCACUGUUACAGAGGAGUCAUAUAAAUGAUUCAAGUAAUUCAACAUGGAAUAAUGUGGCUCCAUUAUUAAGAGGAAGAGAUAAGCUAUGGUUCAUUGGGUAGAACUACAGACUCAAAGCAGAAGAUGUUGCCUCAGGUGUUGAAUCUACCACUUUCUUUUUUAGUUUUAUGACUUUAGAUAGACCACCAAAUCUCCCUUAGCCUCAGCUUUGUCAUUAGUAGUACAGAGUUAAUGAUACACAUAGUCAAAUGUGUAUUACAUGCUAAUAUAAUUGAUUUGAUUAACUAAAUAAUCAACAUAGGGCUUAAUAUCAAUUAAGGAAAGUUGUCUCAAUUUAAUCACUUUCUCAGUCUGACACUCUUGCCCUUUCACCUGAUUCCCAUUAAAAAAAUCCUUUCCUCUAAAUCUUGUGUGAUGGGAAUCUCUCAGUGCUCAAUCAUGUCUGGGUCUGAUGUGGGACUUCUGAAAUCUGUAUGUGUUAAAUAUUUGUAUUUACAUCAGUGUAACUAGUUUAGAUUGUAAUCCUAUAGGACAUAGGACAUAGGACUACCAAAAAAAUAAUAAGAAGGCAUAUAUUCAGAACAAUGUCUCAUCUUUUUAAAUACUUAAUAUUUCAUAUAACAAAUGAGAGAUUAAUAGUAAUAAAGGAAGUAGUUAUAGCAAUGACAAUUUAAGCAGUCUGGUAUUUUCAAAAAAAGUGGACAUGGGGGCAGCUGGGUAGCUCAGUGGAUUGAGAACCAGGUCUAGAGAUGAAAGGUCCUAGGUUCAAAUCUGGCCUCAACCACUUCCUAGCUGUGUGACCCUGGGCAAGUCACUUGAUCCCCAUUGCCUAGCCCUUACUACUCUUCUGCCUUGGAGCCAAUACACAGUAUUGACUCCAAGAUGGAAGGUAAGGGUUUUAAAAAAAAGGGAGACAUAGAAUUAGAGGUCAGGUUUUGACCACCACUUACAGGACAAUCUUGAGUAACCUAUUUAGUAACUAUGAAUUUUGAUUAUAUCAUAUGUAAGAGGGUGAUAUAUCAGUUGCAUAGAGUCACUGGGAAGAUCACAUGAGCAUGAAAGUGAGAAGACUUUUCAUUUUCAAAUCCUAUAAUAUAAAGAUAGAAUUAUGAUAAACAGUGGUAGAGAAGAUGGUAAUGAUUUUGAUUUAUUGACUAAUUUUUACUAGACCUUGGUUAUUACCAGACCUGAAAUAUAGACAACAUCACAACUCAUUAUUUGGAUAACAUUUAUUAUAACUCAUUUUGUCAUAUUGUUUAAUUACAUUUUUAUUACUUAGAAAACUGUUUAAUGAUUUCAAUGUUGGGAAAAU